AUGCGUCCAUCUUCGCGCUCGGAUGAGGCAACAGAGCCGCGACUCAUACUGUUAUUAACAACAAUAGCUUUCUCCCACGGAGAAAAGCUUGACAGGACGUAUCUACCACCGAAUCCCCAUGUGGCAGCUGGCUCCGGGGUCAUCCUCCAAGCUCCCGUCUCCAGACCCAUAGUGGUCCUGGACAAUGACGAGCUACAAAGACAGACUCACGAGGAAAUUCAAAGACCCGUAUUGACCAAUGUGGUGGAAGUGCAGAGACCAGUAGUCACCAACGUGGUGGAAGUGCAAAGACCAGUAGUGACCAAUGUGGUGGAAGUGCAGAGACCAGUAGUCACCAAUGUGGUGACAGAGAGUGCUGCGCACAACAGGCCGCUAGAUGUCGUGGUGGAGGACAGCCCGGCAGUGAACGACGUCGUCCGUAUCGGCAACCGCGGAAAUGUUUAUGUCCAGAACGCUAAUCCAGUGGAAUACAAAGAAGUACACUACCCUGGUCCCCGGUACCAAGUGAUCGAGCAGAGGCCGGAGCGCGCUCAAGCGGCGUUAGAGAGGAACGCUGCAGUCCUGCGGCAAGAGUACAAGAGCGAAGGGGACGCGUACGCUUACGCCUACGACACGGAGAACGGCAUUUGGGCGGAGGAGAACGGUGUCGCCACUCACGGCGUCAAUGCCCAUGGCGCAUACUCUUACGUCGGCGACGAUGGUGUCCAGUACAGUAUGAGUUACACAGCUGAUGAAAAUGGCUUCCAACCCCACGGUGACCACAUCCCCGUCCCGCCGCCCAUUCCGGAGGAGAUCCUUCGCUCACUGGAACAGAACGCCAGAGAUGAGGCGGCCGGCAUUUAUGACGAUGGCUCUUACGAUGAACUGAAAUACGGGGGAGACGGUGUAGGUAAUCAGCAAAUCGGAGUGAUUAGCGUUGUUCCGAGUCACCCCAGUACACCUGUCGUCAUCGAAAAUCACCCGAGUCACCCGAUUCACCCGAGUCACCCGAGCACUCCUGUCGUCAUCGAAAGUCACCCGAGUGUGCCUGCCGUCGUCGAACACCACCCGAGCGUGCCGACGGUCGUCGAGCAAGUCGCAACUAACGAAGACGCAGUGGUCGUCACCAACCCGCUGUUACCUCGGUUCAGGAACCCGGGCUACAGAUAUCCAGCCAUCCUAGUCAACCAGAAGACCUACACUCCAGUCCUGAACACUCUGAUUCAAGAAGUGACGCCCACUACCGUCAGCAAAGCAUACUUGCCACCGGUGAAGCGGAAGGCGCCUGCAGACAAUCGUCAGUCAAAAGCUAACAAAAAAACCGUGGUUGUACUUAGAAAUCGUAAGCCUGAGUACAAAAGGAAUGGAAACAAGUCCUACAACUCAUAUUAUUUGCAUUAUCGAGAAAAAAAGAAGCCUAUGGUCAUCUCUAAAAAAAAGCAGGUGCUUUUGAUUAUAGGUGUAACAUUUGCGGAUAAGCUAGACCGGACGUAUCUGCCACCUGUUGGGUCGGCUUACUCUGGUGGUAGUCCUGGAGCUAUACGUGUUCCACUAGAAUUACCAAAACCUGAGUCUGUAAUUCAUGAUGGAAAAUUUACUAAAAGCCCUGAGCUCGUAAUAGGAAUUGAUCGAGCCGGUCCGAAUCAAGUAAACAACAUUUUUGAGGAAAUAUCUACGCAUAGACCACAGAAUUACAAUAAUCCUCCUACAAAAACAACGUCUUCAUAUUUUGAUCAAUCUUCCCCAUUACCAAAACUUCAAUCGAUUUCUCAAUCAACUCCUGGUAUCCAAAAAGUUGAUUAUAUUUCAGAUCCUCAGAAAAUUCAGAACUUUCAACCAGGUCCUUCAAUAUUGGAUGACAAUAAUAGGGCUUAUUUACCACCUUACAGUGGAAAAGUUGAUAACAAAGAAAGUGUGGUUGAUGGCAAAUCUUCAACGCCAGUUAUCAAUGAAAAUCAUUUAAGCGACGAUCAUAAAUUUAUUCACCCUGAUUCUAUCAUUAAUCAACACUCAUCUUCGUUGAACCCUACCAGUCAGCCACAAAAUCUAAUAUCUUCUACACCUUCCGUUAAAAACCUUUUUCCUACAAUGGUUCAUGAUAACAUACCAUCAGGUAUUUAUAGUUCUUCAGUAGACCCUCAAAAUUUAAAUAAUGUUCCAAUUCAAAUAACCGAUAAAGAAUAUUCUGCAUUAGACAAUAUUAGAUCUCAUAGGCCAGAACGUGUUCAAGCUGAGUCAGAUAGACAAGCUACUAUUAUUAACUACGGCCAAACUUUAACCCCUGAAGGCUAUGCUUACGGUUAUGAUACUUCAAAUGGAAUACACGCUGAUGAAGAAGGAAUAACAACAAAUGGAGUAAAAGCAAAAGGGUCAUACUCGUACAUAGGAGAUGAUGGUAAUGUUUAUCAAGUAGACUAUACUGCAGAUGAAAAUGGAUUUUUACCAAAAGGUGCCCAUUUACCAACAGCACCACCAAUACCAGAUGCUAUUUUAAAAGUUAUAGAACAAGCCGCAAAAGAUGAAGAAGCUGGGAUUUACGAUGAUGGUUCUUAUAAUGAAGAAAAAUAUAGGACUAACAAGCAUCAAGGAUAUAAAUCUUCAAAUAUCAUAAAUCGAGGCAGUUAUCCUGCAGUAAAAGAAAUGAAAAUGAAAAUCCGUGAUGAAAUAAAAAGUUAUGAAGAUUCACAGAUAACUAAUGAAGAAGAGUUUAAAAAUAACAUUGAAACAAAUAAACAAAACGAAAACCAUGACGAUAAUAUACCGUACGACAGUGGUUUACAAAACACUGAUUCGCCAUACUUAAAUAAAAAUAAUAACCAACUUUUAUCACAAAAACAGCAAUAUAAUAUUAACUCUGACGAACCAAAUAAUUUCGGUAGCACUACACCAAAACUAGAUGUAUCAUUAACAUCGGAUAAAUUAGAUGAAACUAACUCCCAGUCCAUGUCAGGGUAUGAAUAUUUUCCACCACAAAGCCAUGAUACAGAUAAGAUCGAAUUAUUCCCUACAAGAUUUUCUGGUAUAAGCGCAGAUUAUGAUAAAUUAUUGGAAGAAAAUAAAAAAGAAAAGGUAACAGCAAAACCGUUUUUGACGCCAUAUGUUUCAAGAAAAGAUGAUGAGAUGACAUAUUUCGAUGAACAAGAAAAUGAAGAAAAUUCCGAAAAUGAUCCUACACGAGCGGGCUUCAUUCAGGAAAACUUUAAACCAAUAGACAAAUCAACCUUUGGGGACGAUGACAUACAUUCACUUGAGUUUACGUCUGGCCAGCAACCAUAUUACGAAGAAAAAAUACGAAACCCCCUUGUUUCAGAUAAAGAUGGAUAUUUUUACCAAAACGCGAAAAAGCCUUUUAUUAUUGUUGAUUCCAGCACAUCUUACACAUCCUCGACGGCUGCACCGACCGAUUUCCCAUCUCGUAUCAGUACCACUCAGCACAUCAGCGUAACACCUGAAAGAGACCCAUCUUCAUACCAAACCAAAACAACUACAGUAUUUGGGACACCUUCAACAAAAUCGCCUAUUUCUUUAUUACCAACACAGACAAUAAGACCAUAUUUUAUAAAUGAAGCGACUUCUGGAUAUCCUGAUACUUAUGGCAAAACUGACGCAUUCCCUAAAAUUAUACCUACUUCAAGUUUUGGAUUAGGACCGGGUAUUGUGAGAUCUGGUAUGACGUACGAACCUGAAGCGAACCACCGUAAUGUAUACGUUGGACCGACGAGUACUGAAAAGGUUGUCGGUGAAGACUUCACUGGUCCAAAGCAACCACAACGAUUCGAUCCUAUGACUGGUUAUCAUUAUUAAAAAGUAUUCUUUUUGUUUAUUUUAUGAUCGAGUGUAAUUUAUUUUGUUUUGUGCUUUGUAAAAUAAUGGUAUAAAUAGAGUUAUGAAAAAUUGA